UCGACCCCCUGCCUCGCCUGCUUCACCUCGCCUCUUUCAUGUUGUAUUUAGAGCAGUGGUGAAUACAGAGGACUUAUACUUGUCCGAACGGAACUCCCCUUCCCUCUCAGGCCGACCAGCAAUGACCAGCAACGAAUGGAUAACGUGCGGUUUCUGUGAGAAGCACUUUCGCAACGCCCAGGCCUUUGGUCAACACAAGGGUACUGCGAACUCGUGCCGCCGUAAGCAUGCUGCUGGGCGGGCUGUGCAGAGCCCUUCCAUGUCUCAGUACCUUUUCAUGACGUUGGACGCACCACAGCCCGCUCCUAUCGACGCACCUCCAAGCCCGUUGGCGAGUUCGUCCGGGCUUCCAUUGCCGUCCGAGGGCGAGGCGGACACCGUAAACUCCGACAAUGCAUCGUACGGUUCGAACGAAGACCCUCUCCCUCACCUGGAUGUGCUCGGUGACGCGCAAUCUGCUGACAUCAGCAACUAUGUCGACCCGGCGCACGCUCCAGCGCCUCCUAUUCUUAUCGCGCCGAACUUUACGCCGCCUCCGCACACACAUCCUCUCGUGCUGCGCUUCAUCCACCUCGUCCGCCUCGCAAACGGAAAAAUGGGGAUGACGGAGGUGGAUAUCAACAAGAUACUCCAACUCCUCAUGCAUCCGGAGCUCGCGCAGGCUAUCCUAUCGGAGUUCACCAACUGCAAGGAGCUCGAACGCUUUGAGCUUGAGCAGCUGUCGGGGUUGGGCCGCGGUUGGAGCGUCGCCACGUUCAACGUCGACGGCUUCAAGCCCCAGAUCCUGUUCUUCAGAGAUCCGGCACAGGCCCUCGCUGACUUGUUCGGUCAUCCGAACAACGCCCCUGGGUUCGUUCUCAAGCCGCGCAUUGACACCGAUCCGGCGACUGGGCAGAGGUGCUAUACCACGCCAGAGACAGGCACCUGGUGGCACAGUGCUCAGGCCCACGUCGGCGAUGGCGCGGUAGUUGCUGCCAUCAUUCUCUACAGUGACGUCACCCAUCUCAGUGAGAAUGGGCGCAAGAAGGCGUGGCCCGUGAUGAUGACCAUCGCCAACAUCCGUCAGGGCGGGCGCUGGGCGACGUCGGGGCACUGCCUGCUGGGCAAUCUCCCAAUCCCACCCAAGGGGAUGCCUUCGGCGCAGAAAACUCAACUCUUUCAGCAGGGGGCUCUCACCAUGCUGCAUACGAUUUUGGAGGGUCGAACACCUUGACUGCGUGACGGCCGAGAACACUCCUCGGACCCCGGCCCGACAGCAGUGGAUUGUUGACAAUUGGGCGAACAAGCUGGGCACCAAGAAAGCUGCUGGAGUUCA